CUACCUUCUUGGUUUUCCUUUCAGGAGCUGAUUGAUGUUGACAGUGAAGUGGUGUUUGAAUUAGCCUCCUAUAUUUUACAGGAGGCAAAAGGGGAUUUUUCUAGCAAUGAAGUGGUGAGGAGUGACUUGAAGAAACUGCCAGCGCUUCCCACCCAGGCCCUGAAGGAGCACCCUUCCCUGGCCUACUGUGAAGACCGAGUAAUUGAACACUACAAGAAACUGAAUGGCCAGACCAGAGGUCAAGCAAUUGUCAACUACAUGAGUAUCGUGGAGUCUCUUCCAACCUAUGGGGUUCACUAUUACGCAGUGAAGGACAAGCAGGGAAUACCGUGGUGGCUGGGACUGAGCUACAAAGGCAUCUUCCAGUACGACUACCAUGAUAAGGUGAAGCCCAGGAAGGUGAGUGCCUUUCCUUUGUGACUGUUGGACUGACAGGAGGGGGUGGGAGAAGUCAUGUGUGUACCCUCCCUCUGAGGGCCCCAGCUCACAAACCCCCCCUAAUUUGGAUGUAUAUAAAUUACUCUGCAGUAAUCCAGUCUAGGCGUUCCUGGGUAUUUUCUUUUUCCCAAUCACUAAGGAAACCUAAGCUGUUAGUAUUUAAGGUAAGAAGUCUGGCUGUGCCCUUGAGAAGAAGGUGGGUGAAAGAGCUUUGAGGGGUUCUGUGCGCUUGGGAAAGUUCAGUAACAUCCCUCUUGAGUAGUGAGGCUGAUCUGAGUUCUCUCGAAGACUUGUGUGUGGUUUUUUGUGUGUAUUUUUUUAUUUUCUUUUUUUUUUUUUU